GUCACAAGGCACAAGGCACAAGGCACAAGGCACAGCACAGCACAGCGUUUAUCUCUCUCAUUUUGUAGUACAGUAUGAAAGCAGUUGUUGUGAUUGUGAUGCUCCUGUGCUCCUCCAGCAUUGUGACAUCCCUGAGAGCCCCUGAGCCAGAGCCAGAGCCUCCAUCUCCAGCGCCAACAUCCUCCCCAUCGACACUUGACCCAAAGCAAGUGAUAGCCCUAGAAUCCCUAGACAUCCCCACAGCGAGGGACCCCUGCGGCCAACCCUCAUUCCACAAUGCCACCCUCUGCGACAACGCAAAGCCCUUCCGCCACCUAAUAUCCCUCCGCCUCGCCAACUGCUCAUCCUACCUCUCCCUCUCCUUCACCGCCCUCAAGGCCCUCUCCACCCUCCGCUCCCUCACCCUCCUCAACUGCCCCGCCGCCCCCACCCACCUCCCGCCGCAGCUGGCCACCUCCCUCACCUCCUUCACCUGCGUCAACAGCCUCCGCAAGGUCUCCGGCGUCUGGCUCUCCCAGCUCCAAAACCUAACCCACCUAACCGUCUCCGACGUCCAAGUGAAAGCCUCCGGCCCCUUCGUCAUCCUGGCUCACAUGUCCAAACUCACCUCCCUCACCAUCUCCAAUGCCAACCUCACCGGAUCCCUCCCCGGCCACCUCCACUCCAACCUCACACACAUCGAUUUCUCCCUAAACCACCUCAAAGGUUCCAUUCCCCCUUCCAUCACCAUGCUCCUAAACCUCCAAACCCUAAACCUCUCCUCCAAUGCCCUCUCCGGCCAGAUACCUCCCUCCAUUGGAGACCUUAUUUCCCUCCAAAACCUCUCCCUCGCUUCCAACUCCUUCUCCGGCUCCAUCCCCGAUUCCCUAUCCGCUCUACCAGAUUUACUUCACAUGGAUCUCAGCUCCAACCAGCUCAACGGCUCCAUCCCUAAGUUCAUUUCCCAAAUCAAAUCCCUCAGCUACUUGAAUCUCGCUAACAACAACCUUCGCGGCGUUCUUCCCUUCAACCUCUCCUUUAUCAACCGCUUGCAAGUCUUCAAGGUCGCUGGGAACAGCAACCUCUGUUAUAACCGUUCCGUCCUGUCUUCCAAGUUGAAGCUUCGGAUCUCUCCUUGCGAUAAGUUCGGAAUGCCGGUGUCUCCGCCGGCGAAGGAUUCCUCCGCCGAUGAUACCACUGACGACGAUUACGAUGAAACGGACGACGAGGGGAGUAGGCACAAGAAGGACCAUCAUCACGGACCUAACAAGUUCGUUCUCGGUGUCGCCAUUGCGCUCUCUUCCAUCGUCUUUCUCAUUGUUUUCUUGAUCUUGUGUUCCAAAUGUUGUCGUUAGAGCAAAUUUUGGUUUGGUUUCCGGGUUUUAGAUUAGGAAAAUUCAUCCAUUCGGUCCAGUGCUUGUUUCAUAUAUUUAUUAUUAUUAUUAUUAUUAUUAUUAUACAGUGGUUACACCAUUACAAGGUAGGCUUCAGAGGGAGAGGAAACAAAAUGAAAAUGUAACUGCCGAAACAAAAUUCGAAAAUAGAAGAAAAAAAAAAAUUGUUAAAUUUUGGUGAGGGGAUAUCUGUUAAAGGUGCAGUGUGGGAGGAGAGGAAAAUGAGGAACAAUUGCUUGUGCAAUGCAAUGGCUAGGUUUUAACACCGUAUUAUUCGUUGUUUGGAGUAAAAGGUGGAUGUGGAUGUGGUUUCUUGAACAUGUAUGUUACUUGGACUACAAGCGUUUGUUUUUCACACUUAUUAUUCAUAACGCUUUUCUCCUCA